AUGAAAUUAGGUGUGAUAUUCAAUGUCCCGAACACAAUAGGAUAUUUUAGGAUUGGGCUCUUGGUUGCAUCUGUAUUCGCAUCUGGGCCAAGCUUUGUUGCUCUAUAUGGCUUGUCAUCUCUUCUCGACUUCUUUGAUGGGCAUUUUGCAAGAAUGCUCAACCAGUGUUCUCUCCUAGGAUCAAGCCUCGAUAUGAUAACAGACAGGGUUUCUACAGUUGUGAUCUCGCUCAGAAUCAUCCAGAAGAGAAGUGAAUACCUAUAUUUUCUAUCUCUGUACAUGGUAUUCGACCUUAUUUCUCAUUUCAUAUACUUCCAUAUGUCUGCACUGCUAGGGAAGCACCACAAGGGGACGAAAAACAGAAUUCUGAGAAUCUACUAUGACAAGCGUGUCCUCGGCCCCAUAUGCCUACUAAGCGAGGUGUUCUUCAUGUACGCAUACUAUUUUGGCGGCAAGGGCGCACUUCUUUACACCCUUGGAGGCAUCACAACACUCAAGGCGCUAUUCCAUCUUGCUCAGCUCUCUGAGGCAAUCUCAAGCAUGAGCGAUAUCAUUGUAUUGAAAAAUAACAUCCAAGGAGUUGAUUAA